AAACAACCGGUAAAGUGUUACCCGUAUUUUGUUUACUUAUAUUUAGGGAGUGCUUACGUGUCUCCAAUUUAUAGAAAUUGGUAAUCAAGAAUAUUAUCUAUAAAAAUGGCUCCCAAAGUGAACGUAAAAGAAAGAUACAACGAUGGCAAAGUAGAUCUGAGUAUGUCAGAUUUGAACGAUGUCCCGGUGAAAGAAAUAGUGACUUUGAAACGGGUGUACAGUCUGGAUUUAUCCAACAAUAGCUUAAGGACCCUCCCGAAAUCCUUCCCCACGUUAACCGGCCUAACGGUGCUAGAUUUAAGCAAAAACGAGCUCAGCGAGCUGCCCCAAGAUUUCGGCAAUUUAGUGAAACUGAAACAUCUGGACCUCUACAGGAACCAACUGCAGCAUUUGCCGUUGAGCUUCAGCAAACUGAAGGGCCUGAAGUGGCUGGAUUUGAAGGAUAACCCGCUGGUGCCGGCCGUGGCGAAAGUGGCUGGCCUCUGUAUCGAUACGAAGGCCUGCCAAACGUGCGCCAAGAACAUCGUGGAGUUCUACUCGAAGCUGGAGAGCCAGGUGGCCGCCGAGCUGGAAAUGAGGAACAGGGACCGACAGAAGCAACUGCAAAUGAACAACAAGAAGAAGCAGGAGGAGAAGCGAGAGAAGAAGCGCGAGAAGGUCGUGCCGAAGAAGGAGAAGAAACCAUCGGAGAAACAAUGGGGGCCUUCCGAGUAUGAAAUAGAGAAGAGAUUACUGCAUAGUAGCCAAACUUCUGCGAAAAAGGCCAAGUCGAAUUCGUUCGUUUCGAGUUUGUUGAAAAUCUUUUUGAUGGUUUUGAGCGUGUAUUUAACUAUCGUGUUUGUUAAAUUUAAAGAUUCCGAUAAUGUGGUUGAAUCGAUGAAGCAAGGGGUUAUUGAGGAUUAUCAUAAAAUUUCUUCGACCAGUCAAAUUUGGUGGAAAGAAUUCCUAAUUCUAUCUAAGGUUUUCUGGAAAAAACUUUUGGUUGUUUCACAAUUGUGCUGGGAAACGAUUUUAGAGAACGGUCCAAUUUGGUGGGAAAAAUCUGUAAAUAGUUUACAAAUAUGGUGGAUCGAGCUUUCAGAAAAAUCACAAAUAUGCUAUAAACAUAUCAUGGAUAACUGGCCAAUGUAUUUAGAAGAAUUCCAAAUUUUUGUAGAAAAAUCCCUAAAUGCUACAAGACUAUUGUGGAAGAUAAUAAGAAAUAAUGUUACAGUUUUGUUUAGCUAAGAAUUAUACUAAAUUAAAAAACGAACUAAUUUUGUACUGUAUAAAAUUGUUAAUAAUAAACGUUAUUUAACAAAG